AUGUUCAGCACAGGCCAUUCACUGGGCGGUGCAGUGGCGCAGCUCUGUGCCCUUCGGCUGCUUCGCGAUCUACCCCCACACGUGGCAGAGCAUGGCAGCGUCAAAUGCAUCUCUUUUGCGGCGCCCCCACUAGGGAACUCCGCUCUGGCCAACACAGUGUCAUACAAGGGAUGGAGCAGCUUGUUCUAUAACCUGGCGCUGCCAGAGGAUGUGGUGCCGCGCUUGAUGGCCAUGCAGAACAGUGCCAGCCUGCCAGCAGCCGCUGCAAAGGCCAUGCUCACAGAGCCUUCUGAGGAUAAAAAUGUACCAGAGAGUCAGGGUCUGCCAGAGCAGGGAGAGCCUGCAGGACCCCACCAUGGCCCCAACUUGGAGGAAGAGGAUCAGGAUUUAGGAAUGGCACUUGAGCGUGCGCAUGCACUGGAUGACCAGCAUGCCGUGGAGCGCCCCACGGAGGCAGAAGUCAUUCAGGCAUCAGGUGACAGGCAGGGUCAGAACAGCUCUGAGCGGCCACCCGGGUCGCCAGCGCAGGCAUGGAGGUCAAGGCUCAGAAACAGCCUGGACAGGUUGAGAGCCUUCACAGCAGACUUGGCCGCUAGCAACCCCUCGACCAGCCAGCCUCUGCAUGCAUCCGCAACCGCACCUGCAUCACAUGCUACGCAGCAGCCUGCUGUGCUCGUCAGGAACGAGCCUGCUGGGCCAUUGGGGCGCGCAGGUGACUUUGCGAGCACAGCCGCUCGCUACCUGCCCAUCUACAUGCACAUUGGGACCCAGCACCACCUGCACGCACCCCCUGGCGAGCCACCCCUCCGACUGACAUCGGUGCAGAACUCGGCAGAAGACGCAGAGACUCUGGCGGCCCUGACAGAUCCAGAUACCGAGUCCGGCGCCGCACCCGGCCCUCAGCAAGCAGCGUCACUGACGGGCUCGCCUGAGCGGCAGCGCACAUUCAGAGACAGGGGCUAUCUGGGCCUGUCUGUUCCAACAUACAGGAGCUACAUGAGCGUGCUCACCUAUCACCGCAUGUUUGCCGUCCGGCGGCGCGCCGCCGCGCUGUGCGCAGCAGCCCUCGGACGGGUCCAGCUCAACGGAAAUGCGCGGCCGGCGGAGCUGUGCGAUAACAUUGCGCCGUGCUUGGACGUGGCAGUGGCCUGCGCCAGGGUGCCUCCCUCGCGACCGCAGUUUUCCGCCCCUGGACUUGGCGUUACUGGAGGCCAGCAGAGCAGCAGGUUUGUGUCACCACUCUGCAAGUACACUCUCUUCACUGGAUGGAAUGGGGGAGAGGCUGCGCAAUCUAGCAUAGGGCCGCUAUCGAAGACCGGAUCUGCGUCUGGACACCCAGAAGAAGGCACCGACCAUCAGAUGAAACCAGCCAGCAGCACAUCUCAUACUCCGCUAGCAGCGUUCUCACUUCCUCGCUGGCUUUGGAGGCCUUGGGAGACUGGAGGCGGCCACGGCGACAAAGCAGACCUCGCAGCGGUGGAGGCCGGGCCAGAGCUCCCAGCAGCGCAGCCUCGCUCGCGGCAGUGGUUGAGCUGGGCCGGAGCGGGAGCACGAGGCAGCGCAGAGCCGCCUGCGCCGAGUGCACGGAUGUCGCUGAGGAUCAUUGUGCGCGGCAGGGGCCUCGCCAACUGCACCAAAGCGCGAGUGCUGGCAGCCGGCGGCGCCUGGUGCCCUGCGCGCAUCGUCAGCUCGCCUGCACUCCCCCCGCUGCAUGCUGGCUCCGCUCUUGACACAUCCCCGGCAGCCGGCUGGGGGGAAAACACGGUGGAGGGCACGCAAAGCGCAGGCACCGGCCUGUGGAGCAUGGGCAGGCGCUUUGGGAUGCUGGUCAGGGAGAGGAUCACAGGCCGGCAGGCAGAGCAGCAGGCUGCUGCAGAGGACAGUCACUGCGCAGAGGAGCUGGUGCUGGAGACAGUGCUGCCUCCUGCAAUCGCUGGCAGCGUGGAGAGGGGCUUGCUGGCGCAGCAUGAGCGGCAAGGGGGCCUGCUGGAAGUGCAACUCAGGUCAGACUUCUUCGUGCGGCGGUUUGGCGUCUCGCUCCAGCCGUGCACGGCAUGGGUCCUGUCAGACUCGGCGAGGGGAGCGGAGAUGCUGAUGGGGGCCCUCUGCGCGGCCCCGGCCCUGUCGGCCAGAUGCGAGGCGCCGCCCUUCAGCGCAGCCCUUGCAGGGGGCGUGAGGUUUGUCAGCCUCUGGCCGGACACGCCCAGGGCCGCAGCUUUCCCUGUUAUGUCCGGCCUUGUGGCGCGCCGCCUGCAAGCCACCGCGGAGCAGCAGAAAGCGCCCCCAGCAUUGGGCGAGCAGCUCGAGCCUUCUGAGGAGGUCCACUCCAGCAAGCCGCGUGCCCUGGAAGCAUGGCAGCGAGGACCGGACCCGGAUGAGCAGCACGCUCCACGGAGUGACUAUGGCCAUCCCAGUGCCACGCUGACCAGCAGGAUCGGCAGGCCGGCAGCGCGCGCCUUUUCAUGGGCAGCGGACGCGACCGCGUCCGUGAUUGGUCAUCAGGCGAGCUCCAAGCUUGCCACGUGGACAGUGCGGGCAAGGGAGGGCGCAGGCAGCGUGAGGGCAGGGUUUGGGACCCAGCUGAGGCUGCUGCAGCACGGCCGUGUGUGGCGCGCCCUCAAGACGCAGCCCACGCCCCAACUGCUGAUUCUCUGUCUCAGAGGCUCUCCCACUGGAGGCAGCAGACGGCAGGCUGGGCGCAUCUUUGGGCAAUUCAGCAGCGGCCUCAGAGCCCAUGCUGCAGUCUCAGGGAGUGGUCAUGCAGAUGAUUGGGAGGCCGCUAUGGGGUCCAUUGCAAAGGAUGCAGAGUCCGUGAGGAUGCUGCUGGAGUCUGCGCGAGCUGCACGCAUCCCUCUGCUCGUCGUUGUCAUGCCCGGCAGCCAGGACUCAUGGGAGAGGAUGUCACCGCUACCCUUGGAGCUUGAGGCAGCCUCUGGUGGGACCCUGGUGCUGCAUGACUGCACCAACCAGCUGGGCAGUAAUGAGUCGUGGGAGCUGAAGAUGGCUGUGUACCGUGCACUGUCUGGCUCCGUCCAGUCUCCGCACAUCAGAUCAAAACUUUGA